CUCCCCUUACGUCACGCAGGCCUAAGCAGGCAGAGGUUGGUUUGUUGUGCAAAUGCUGUUGGUGCUCGUCCGAAAUUGUUACUGAGAAUCAGCCGCCAUGGCACUCCGAAUGACAUUGAACCGAGCUGUUAAGGCUGUUGCCAACCAGCUUCCUCGCUCUCAGGCCGUGUUGGCACGGAGCCGGACAACAGCGUCCAGUCCUGAGACGGCUUCAAGACCACCGUCAGCCGGUCUGGCUUUUGAACUGAGUGAUGAGCAGAAGGAAUACCAGGAUCUGGCCCGUAAGUUCACCAGGGAAGAGAUCAUCCCCAAGGCGCCAGAAUAUGACAAAACUGGAGAGUAUCCUUGGGACAUCAUCAGGAAGGCGUUUGAUGUGGGAUUGAUGAAUGCGCACAUUCCAGCAUCCGUUGGUGGUCUUGGGAUGGGUAUUCUGGAUUCUUGCAUCAUCGCCGAGGAGUUUGCCUACGGCUGCACGGGCAUACAGACUGCCACCGAGGCCAACUCGUUAGGGCAAAUGCCAGUAAUCAUUGCUGGAAACCCAGAACAACAGAAGAAGUACCUUGGUCGGAUGUUGGAAGAACCACUCAUGUGUGCCUACUGCGUAACAGAACCCGGCGCGGGGUCGGACGUGGCCGGGAUCAGAACCCGGGCCGAUAAGAAAGGCGAUGAAUACAUCCUAAACGGCAGCAAGAUGUGGAUCACCAACGGGGGGCAUGCCAACUGGUACUUCGUCCUGGCGCGCACUGACCCGGACCCCAAGGCCCCAGCCUCCAAGGCGUUCACAGGGUUCAUCGUGGAGCGUGACUGGCCGGGAGUGAGUCCAGGCCGGAAGGAGUGGAACAUGGGCCAGAGGGCGUCAGACACCCGCGGCAUCACCUUUGAGGACGUCAGAAUCCCUAAGGAGAAUGUUCUGCUGGGAGAAGGAAUGGGCUUCAAGAUUGCCAUGGGUGCCUUCGACAAGACCAGGCCUCCGGUAGCUGCAGGGGCCACUGGACUGGCGCAGAGGGCCUUGGACGAAGCCACCAAGUACUCCAUGGAGAGAAAGACGUUUGGCAAAUACAUCUGCGAGCACCAAGCCGUGUCCUUCAUCCUGGCCGACAUGGCCAUUGGUGUGGAAUCUGCCCGUCUCAUGACCCACCGAGCGGCGUGGGAGAUUGACCAGGGCCGGCGCAACACCUACUUUGCCUCAAUCGCCAAGGCGCUGGCCGCUGACGUUGCCAACAAGUGCGCCACAGACGCCGUGCAGAUCUUUGGUGGCAACGGCUUCAACAGUGAUUACCCAGUGGAGAAGCUGAUGAGAGAUGCCAAGAUCUACCAGAUCUAUGAAGGAACAGCGCAGAUCCAGCGCGUGAUCAUUUCACGAGAGAUGCUCACUAAGGCAAAACAGAUGGCUUGGUAGAUGGACAUCUUGAAGCAUAGGACUCACAACACUGCGUAUUGAAGGUCCAAAAAACUUUCUGUGUAUACAUCAUGCGAAAUUUCUAGGGCGUGUACAUGUAUAUACAGUAAGCCACAGGCAGCAAACUGGUUUUGAACGAUUGUUUCUAUGUGAAAGUCGCUGGUGAAAUUAAAGUUGGUUUUUUUUCUCGAGAUGUCAUGCUCUUAAAAAUUUUGUUUAAUAAUGUUUAUAUCUUUCUCACAUUGUGUUUUUGGAUAAAUACUGCACUGGCUGGUUUGUUGUUGAAAGUCAAGAUUAAUGAAAAUAGAAAGCUUCAAUGCGUCUCUCAAGAAUGAACGUAGGCUCGCUCUCGUACAUGUAUGUGAUGUCAAAAUGGAGGGCAUCAUAGGCAAAUUAAUAAUGUGCUUUACAAUGCAAUUUGAAUUCCAAUUCAAUUCAAUUCAGGCAAUCAGAUAAAAAGUGGAAAGGUAGAGUAGUUAAUCCCUCUCUUUGGCUCUUUUGUUACAGAAUUAUAUGCAAUACUCAGGGGUAUUUAAUAUUCUGAUGAUCAGAUAAAAAGUGGAGAAGUUGAGGGGUUUCAGAGCAAGGCAAGAAGUGUUGAUUGAAUCUAUUUGUGUUCCACCUGCAGAACUGGGCACCCUAGGUGCUCUUCAAUCAAAAAAUGUUACUGUUAAUGCUGCAGACGUCCCUCCCUACCCGAAUAGGGUGCACCCUAAAAACACUGCGCAACUUUUUUAGUGGUUGGGCCCCCCAAAAAGCUUCAUUCUGCUCAGGGUCGAAACAGCAGGGUUCCCGUAUUUCCAGAAAACCAAAUUCUGUGAUUUUACCCCGAUCAAUUUUGCAGAAUUCCUGGAUAACCAUCUUGACAUAUUCCAACUCAAGAAAACACAGCAAAUCAUCUUGUGGAUAUGCCAUUUAGUCAUGAAACAAAAUAAAACAUGACUUGUUACUUUUUCUUUUGGGUCAAUCUAAUUCCCUGACUUUUCCUUGACCGGAAGAAAGGGAAACUCAUUUUCUCUGUUUUCCCUGAUUGCAAGGAUGGUUUGGAACCCUCAACUGGGAUUUAAAAUGGGUGUACAGUUUAUUUGAAUUUUGCGUACCAAAUAUAUGUAUUGUAGUUGGAUUAAUUUCUACAUUAUCUUUCAUUCAGAUAUUUAAAACCAGUUCAAAUGGGAGAUAACGUAAUGUGUGCAUUAGAGUGACAUGAGAUCUGUGCUUCGUCAGCCAGUUAAGUGUUUGAAUAUAGCAAGAUCGUUAACUCUAUCAGUCCUCAAUCCUUCACCUGUUGGAGGACUGAGGACUGUUAAGGUUAAGGGAGCAAAGCACACACCCGAUUCUGCGUAGGGCCGCGCCGAUACGGUAUACCUUGCAUGCACAUCCAGAUGGUCUGAUCAUGGACAGGUGCAGUUGGAAUGUCGAACUGGUUCAUUCGAAGCACAUGUAAAGCUAUUGUUGUGGUCAUAACUGUCUUUUUAUUCAAAAAUAAUGGAAUAAUAAAUAAGUCGGACUCAAUUGUUGUCUGACUCUGUGUGC